GAAUAGUUCUCAAAACUUUAUUUUUCCCCUGAAGAUCUUUCCUUUCUUUGCAUAAAUCUCGGGAUCCGAAUCAUAAAUAACAAGCAAAAACAGAGACUGUUGAAUAUUACAAUGGCUGCAUCAGCUUCAGAGAGUACGUUCGUGGAGGAAUACUACAACCUCCGCUCCGAGAGAGUGCCUCAGCUUUCAAACUCGGCGUCUGACUCAGCGAGUCACGAGAGCAAAACAGAGCAAAACGAGAAGAAGACGAAACGGGCUAGAGACUCCGGUAAACACCCGGUUUAUCGCGGCGUGAGGAUGAGGAAUUGGGGCAAAUGGGUGUCGGAGAUUCGUGAGCCGAGGAAGAAGUCUCGUAUUUGGCUCGGAACUUUCCCGACGCCGGAGAUGGCGGCGCGUGCACACGACGUGGCUGCUUUGAGCAUUAAAGGAUCCUCUGCUAUACUAAACUUCCCUGAACUCGCCGAGUCGUUCCCUCGACCCGUCUCGCUAAGUCCUAGAGACAUUCAGACAGCAGCUCUCAAAGCUGCACACAUGGAACCACUUACUACGUCGUCGUUUACGUCUUCUUCAUCGUCUUCUUCGUCUUCUACUUCUUCACUUGAGUCUCUCGUGUUAGUGAUGGACCUCUCGAGGACUGAGUCAGAGGAGCUCGAUGAGAUCGUGGAGCUGCCAAGUCUAGGAGCGAGUUACGACGUUGACUCAGCUAAUAUCGGGAGCGAUUUCGUGUUCUCUGACUCAGUGGACUACUGUUUGUAUCCUCCGCCGUGGGGGCAGUGGUCGGAAGAGAAUUACGGCUACGGAAAUAUCACUAAUUUUAACCAAGGCUUGUCAUGGGAUAUCUAAGUCUAACGACGUUUUUUAAUAAUUUUUUUUUGGUAUCAUUAUUAUAUAACUAAUGUCUUGUGUAAUCACGUCUUUGAUUA